UGUAUCAUUUUUUUUUCCUUUCUCCUCCUUUCUAGAAGAUGACAACAGACACUAUAGAGAGCAAUAACACCAAAUCCAGCACUCCCCUCCUGACUCAGAGAUACCUGAGGCUGGUGACUAAGGAUGGGCACAGUACGUUCCACAUGGCUGGUGCCCAAGGCAGAGGUGUGGCAUACCUCCGAGACGUGUGGGGGAUACUCAUGGACAUGCGCUGGAGAUGGAUGAUGCUUGUCUUCUCUGCUUCCUUUGUCAUUCACUGGCUGGUCUUUGCAGUGCUCUGGUAUCUGCUGGCUGAGAUGAAUGGGGACCUGGAGCUGGACCAUGAUGCUCCACCUGACAAUCACACUAUAUGUGUCAAGUACAUCACCAGUUUUACAGCUGCCUUCUCCUUCUCGCUGGAGACACAACUCACGAUUGGCUACGGCACCAUGUUCCCAAGUGGGGAUUGUCCCAGUGCCAUUGCACUGCUGGCAAUCCAGAUGGUCCUGGGGCUCAUGCUAGAAGCCUUCCUCACAGGUGCUUUUGUGGCCAAGAUUGCACGCCCAAAGAACCGGGCACUCUCCAUCCGCUUCUCACGCUCUGCCGUGGUCACACACACCGAGGGCAAGCCUCACCUCAUGUUCCAGGUGGCCAACAUUCGCUCCAGCCCCCUCACCAGCGUCCAGAUCUCUGCUAUACUUUACCAAGAACAAGAGAGUGGCCAGCUGCACCAAACUAGCAUUGACUUUCACCUGGACAGCGUCACUGCAGACGAGUGUCCUUUUUUCAUUUUCCCACUGACCUACUACCACUGCAUCACUGCAUCCAGCCCACUGGCUGCUCUCCUUCAAAGAGAAGCUCCUCACCACUUUGAGCUGGUUGUCUUCCUGUCUGCUGUGCAGGAAGGCACAGGAGAAAUGUGUCAGAGGAGAACAUCCUACCUCCCGUCAGAGAUCCUUGUGUACCACCGCUUUGCCUCCCUGCUAGCCCGCAAUGCCAAAGGUGAAUACCACACCAAGAUGGAGAAUUUUGACAAGACUAUCCCUGAGCUCCCAGCUGCAGCUGACUCAAAGAGUCCAAAAAGGACUGACAAGGAGAUCCGCAUCAAUGGACAGCAUACUGACAGCUUCCAGCUCUUGGAGACUGGUCUCACAGAGUAG